AUGGUCUUGAAAUCCAAUAUCGUACCAUUCGUCGGUCAUUGCUUUGCUUAUCUAGUCAUCAUCCUCUAUCACACUCGAUGGCAGAUUCGAAUAUAUAGCACGAAGUUCUCCAAGAACAAAGCGUGUCUCAUCAUACAUAUCGGCACUGGGAUCACAGAAUUGGCUCGAUAUCACAUCUCCAAAGUCCGACUUGGCACUGAUGAUAUCCUCCCUGAGGUGAUAGACGUGCUUUCUUGCUUUAUUUGGUCUUGGACCAGCCUGAUUCUCGUAAAAACGCUUCGUCGCGGUGAUCCACGUACAACUCGGCCCCCGUACCAAACAGGUGCAUUGCUGCGUCCACUUAUCUCCACCAUAUCAUACCUCCUUCAAGUGCCCAGCCUGCACAAAGUGUCCAUUUAUGCCCUCGACAGCUUCCUCUAUGCCCGACUGGCGAUCUUUUUCUUCGCCUACACACCGUAUCUACGCGGGUACUCGUCAAGCGCAAUUUACUCACUCUCUAUUCCCCUGGCUGCCACGCUCAGUAUUCAUGAAAGCCGCGUUCAUGGUGCAUCUCUAGUGUUUAUUCUUGCGAUGGCCUACGUUACAAAAUUAAAUAAAUGGGUGACUCACAGAUCAAGAAUCCUGCAGGGAAGAUCUGAAGCCCAGUCAUAUAUGGCUACAAUCGAGAAAUAUUUCCUAAAUGGGUUGAUCUAUUUUGGAUUCGUCGAGCUAGACAGGCUGCGCGAAGUUUCCAAGAGCGAUGCGCUUAUGAAGCCUCUCAGUGACGAAUAUGUGCCAAAGUUGGAGCACGAAAUCCGACUUUGA